GCACUUGUGAUCUACUUUGGAAAGCUCCACUGUUAUUUUUGCACGGCGCGCAUUUGUUUUGUGAUUAUUGUGCAGUUGAGUGCAAAUCUUGUUUUCUCUUGUUAUGUUUGUAAUUUGUUAAGUUAAUAUUGAACGGAAAGUGUGCUGCCAACCAGAAACAUGUGGUAUUUAAAGCAUUCGGGAAAAACUACUUUUUACUACAUCCGUCCGGACAUUGCGAAACAUACUGUCAGCCGAUCGACGGGUGAUCUGAUCAUUCAGGGUGAUCCAUCGAUCAGUAGGAACCAUGCAUUCCUUUACCCGAAGGAAGACACGCUAAAGAUAGUUGACGCUGGCUCGCGCUACGGGACAUUUCUAAACGAUGCUAUCGAAAGCGAGCGAGCGGAAUUACCCAAAGAUACACCCACCCCAUUAAAGGAGGGCGACCGCGUACGGUUCGGCAAAUGCCAGAGUAUUUGGACGGUGUGUCGGAUUAGUUUCGACUGUAUUACAUCAACAAUCAGUGUGAGUCCACAGUUAUUGGAAGCAUUGCAGAAGUUGGGUGGAAAAAUGCACGAUAGCUUUCAGAAAGGAAAAACACAGUUUUUGAUCAUGAAAAACAUCACAACCACGCCGAAACUGCUGAUGUGCCUAAUUGCACAGGUUCCAGUGGUGAAACCGGAAUAUUUUGACGAGUGCGUAAGCGCUGUUACGAGAGGACAAGCGCUGCCAGAGCCGGGAAAUUUUCAACCAGAAUUUGUUGAGGCUUAUGUCCGAGAUCAAGGUAUCAAUUUUGGAAAAGUUCUUGAGCGAGAAACACUGUUUCGAGGAAAACACUUCAUCUUUAUUAAAUUGAGACACAUGAGUCAGUAUGAGGACAUAAUUAAGCUGGCGGGCGGAAAGUGUGUUUGUGCUCAAAAGCACAAAAUUGCGAAAUCUUAUUUUACCGAACCGCAUGUUAUCGUCAUGCAAGCACAGACCGAUACUAUGUCCCAAUCAUCAUCGCAAGCUGUCGAUGGGCUUACACAGCUUAUUUCAACUGCCGGCAAAAGAUUAAUUCCUGAUGUUGAAAUAGGGCUUGCUAUCUUGUAUGGUUCCUUGGAGAGAUACUGCAAUCCUUCGUAUAAAUUCGUAAAUGUGCUAGACUUGGAGACGAUACCAUUCACCCAAGGUGUGACUUUGGCUAACAACAGUGAAGAUAUACCGAAACUCGCGAAGAAUAGUCCUGCAAAGAGUAUUUCACUUCCGGAAACGGAAUCACGAGAUAGCUCGCAAAAAUCUCAGCCUCAAAACGAGCUAGUUACAAAUUCAAUGGAUUACAGCGAGCAGCCACUGGAAUCAUCUGUGCCGGCUGCUGAAUUUGCUAAACCAGAUACAAACGCCACAUUGACUGUUAAAGGAAAGCGUAAACGAGCCGAAAUAAGUGAUAGUCCUAAAGAGGCAAAGAAAAGUCGCGCAAAACAUUUACAGGAAGAUCCUCCACCAGAUCCACAAGUCCAUGUGGAGGUAUCCCAGAAACCUUCAAGCCAGUCUCAUUCUUCGCAAGAAUACGUUAUGCCAGGAUUUCUAUCGGUCAAUCACGAUGGAGCGUCCGAAGAAGCGCCUGCCAAGAGGCAACAGCCAAAGCGGCCAUUGAAACUGAUGCUCGACGACGGUGAUAAUCUGUUUAAUUUCGAAGAUGCGGCUCCCAAAAGAAGUAGAAGACAACAACCGCUUGCAUAUUCCGUGGAUUCUUCACAGGAACAGCAAAACGAAACAACUAGAAGCAGUAGCCCUCGUAACGCCGACAAUCAUUUGUUCUCUUUCGAAAACAGUACAUCGAAACGGUCAAGAAACAAGAAAAUCCUCGUCACGGAGCAGCCAGAGACCUCUUCCAUAUCACCGCGAAGCUCAACACAAAGCAACUCAUCAAACUACAAGCAAUUCAUCAAGCCGAUUGAAAUUCCGCUGGACGGUUGGCUUUCGACAACGUUCUGUGAGUUGGAUAUCAAAUCACAGAAAGAUGAUCAGGCUGAGUGCAAAAGCGAAUCGCUUCUCGCAGAAGAUGUGAAGAAAAUUAAGCAAGAGUCAGAUAGCGCAGACGUCGAUGAAAAAACGCGCAUAUGGGAAAACGGCAUGGAAGGACUGUUCCAGGUGCGGGUGAUAUGUAUGAAUUUGAUAUCCAAUCGAUCGGACCCGACUACCAGCGAUCGUAGCUUCUUGCUUACAGAUAGUAACUGCACUGUCACCAAAAACAACUAUAAAGCAUUCGUUAAGAAACAAAACUACAAACUACAGCAAACGAUAGUAAAAACCAAACCUGUUUGUGUAUUGGACAAUACCCAAGAUGAUUUUUAGAUUACUGAUAAUAUUAUGUCUCUUAGAGCGAUCAAUAAAAGCACCCCAUAAAGGAAACUCAUUUAAAUACUA